UAUGGACGGGACCCAUGGCACAAACAGAAGGAGGAAUGGACUUGACGGUAAUGCUUAUAAAGGAUGAUAGAAACGCCGGAUUCCCCGUAGCUUUCUUUCUUACUAAUCGGCUUGAUCAAGUAGUUCAGGAAGUUUUUUAGGUGUGAUACAAUCUUUUUAAAUAUUUAUUUAUUUGUAAUACCUACAUUUUACAGGUGCUCUUCGAGAGAAAUUGCAACAGGAUGUAAGACCAGCCUAUUUCAUGAGUGAUGAUGAUCCUAAAUAUUUUAAUGCUUGGGUAAAAACAAUGAAUAAUCACCCAAAAACACUUCUAUGUACAUGGCAUGUGGUAAAAAAAUUGGAACCUUCAAGGUAAAAAGAAAAUUAAGGACUUAGAAAUUCGAAAAGAAAUGAAGAAUGAGAAAUGAGGAAGAUAAUUACGGAAACUGACGAAGAUAGGAUAUUAGAGAUUACUAAUAUAUAUCUAUUAAAAUUGCAAGAAGCAAACGAACCUGAAUUUGUCAAUUACUUAACUAGAUAUUAUCUUCAGGAUGAAGAGAGGAUACAAAUGUGGGCUCAUUGUUAUAGGACGAACUCAGGUAUAAAUACAAAUAUGGCAAUAGAGAGCUUAAAUAACAUGCUGAAGACAAACCAACUUAGAAGAAAGACCCAUAUAACUAUUGAAAAGCUGUUGCAUACCAUUGAAGAUUUAGUGGAUAUAAAAAUGUGGAAGAGGGUUUUAACACUGAGAGGCCAAAUGCUAAUAAUUACCAAGACAGGGUCAUCAUUAAGGCCCUUAAAAAAGCAAUAA